CAAUGGUUGGCAGCACUGAGUAACCGCUAAAUUUGUCAAAGUUGUAAAAAAAUGCCACGUAAAGCCCUUUUCAAUGAUGGAUAUUUCGAGUAAUAAAAAUGAUUUUGCACCGAGAAAGGUGCAAAAAAUGAAUUCAACGUUGGAAGAGUGGGACGCAAACAAAAUUGUUUUUCGUGUAUUACUACUCGUCUCGUGCCUCAAAGUACUUCUAAUGCCUACAUAUCAUUCCACAGAUUUUGAAGUUCACCGCAACUGGCUUGCCAUAACACAUAGUUUGCCACUCAAAGAAUGGUACAUGAAUGCCAAUUCACAAUGGACCUUGGAUUAUCCACCAUUGUUUGCAUGGUUUGAAUAUUUUCUCAGUCAUAUAGCAAGACUCAUAGAUCAUAAUAUGCUUAAAGUUGAAAAUCUAAAUUAUGCAUCCUCCAAUACUAUCCUUUUCCAAAGAGGCACUGUUAUAUUUUUAGAUUCAGUAUAUGCUUAUGGAGUUAAAGAAAUUGGCAAAGUAUUUUGUACAUCCUUUGAUGAAUAUGUGAUCUUCAUAGUUUUUUCUUUAUGUAAUAUGGGAUUACUCCUAGUGGAUCAUGUACAUUUUCAAUACAAUGGAUUCUUACUUGGUAUUCUUCUACUUGCUAUUGCAAAUGUUUCUAAAAUAAAUAAACAGAAGGCUAUCUUAUUUGGAACACUGUGGUUUGCUUUGCUAUUAAAUUUAAAACAUAUUUAUUUGUACGUAGCACCAGCAUUUCUAGUCUGGCUACUGAGAUCAUAUUGCAUGAAUGGAGGUUCAUUCUUCAGACGUUUGUAUAUGCUUGGAAGCAUAGUUAUUAUUACUUUAAUAAUUUCUUUUGGCCCAUUUGUCUCACAGUUACCUCAGAUAAUUUCAAGACUCUUCCCAUUCAAAAGGGGUUUAGUACAUGCAUACUGGGCAGCAAAUGCUUGGGCAUUGUAUAUAGGUGUAGAUAAAAUAGCAUCUUUAAUUUUAAAGCAAUUAGGAUGGUUAAAAGUUACAAGAUUAGCAGUCAUGACUGGUGGUUUAGUGCAAGAACAAUCAUUUUUAGUCCUACCAACUCCUACGCCAAUUGUAACAUUUCUAUUAACUAUUCUCACUAUGAUGCCUGCAUUAUACUGCUUAUUAUGUAAAAAAGAGUAUAUGAAUCCAAAGCAGUUUGUACGAUGUUUAGUUCUCUGUGUUUUGUGUUCUUUCAUGUUUGGUUGGCAUGUACAUGAGAAAGCUAUUUUAACUGCUAUUAUACCACUGUGUGUACUAGCAGCAACUGAUAAGAAUGAUGCUAGAAUUUAUCUAAUUUUAAGCAGUGCAGGGCACACUGCCCUUUUACCCUUACUUUAUUCAAGUAAUUUGACUCCAUUAAAGAUUUUGGUACUUUUGGUAUUUAUGAGUGCAGGUUUUCUAGCUUUCUCUCGAAAGUUCAAUGUAAACUUUCUUUAUUUUUACGAAUAUAUAUAUGUGAUUAAUUUGCCGGUAUUGACAGUGUAUGAAACCAUUAUACACAAAUUAAUAUUCGGUGAAAAAUUGCCGUUUUUGCCUUUAGCUCUUACUUCAUUAUAUUGCGCCAUAGGAGUAACUUAUUCUUGGGUGGUUUAUUACUAUAUGUUUUUGCGAUAUAGUAAAAUUAAUAAUCAUAAAGAUAAAAUACAAUAAAAUUGAGUAUGAAGUUUUUACUUGU